UAGGCAUUACCUGAACACGUGACUGAAAGCCAGGCGUGCUGGUGCUUGUCAUAGGCAAAACGUGUGUGGUCUCAUUGUUCGUACGUCGGAUUGUACGGCAAUGAAUCUCGGUGGCUAGAAUCAUUCGAAGUGGUUUCGAGCUGAACUGGAGGGAAGAUCCGCCCACACAUGGCGGAGGUGUGUUGGUGACACCAUGGCUCUUGUCCCGUACGUGGAAAACUCCCUGCCUUUGCUCGCCAAACUCCACAAUUCGACAUCGCACUUUCACUUUGCCGAACGGGACAUCCGCCUGUCACAGGACUGGAAGACUCAUGGAGUCGCUGCGGUCGUGUGGGACGCGGCUGUCGUGCUGUGUCUGUACCUGGAGAUGGGUCUGGUGGAGCUGAAGGGGAAGAAGACCAUCGAGCUGGGAGCUGGAACUGGACUGGUCGGCAUCGUCGCAGUGCUCUUAGGUGCCAAGGUCACCAUCACUGACCGGAAACAAGCACUGGAUUUGUUGGCCUCCAACGUUAAAGCCAACAUCCCCGCUCACCUGGAGGGAUCAGCAGUUGUGUCUGAGCUCUCCUGGGGAGAAGGUCUCGAUUCCUACCCGGCGGGAGGAUUCCAGCUGGUGCUGGGCGCUGACAUCAUUUAUCUGGAGGACACUUUUGCUCAGCUCCUUCAAACACUAGACCAUUUAUGCUCUGACACGACCCUGGUCUUACUGGCCUGCAAAAUUCGCUAUGAAAGAGACACAAACUUCCUAAGGAAACUCCAACACCACUUUACUGUGGAGGAGGUCCACUAUGACGCAGAGCGAGACAUUCGGAUUUACAAAGCCAGGAAACUUCUCCCACCAAAGGAUUUGUGACAAGUCGACACCUACAAGAAACACGUUUAUUAACAGCUGCCAAAAUUCCAAAGCCUCUAACAUUUUUUCAUACACAGAUUGGUGCUGGCAUUUUUUUUAAACUGAAUAGAAAAUGAAAAGCAACAUUGAAAAAAAAAAAAAAGCAUACUAUUUCAAGACUAUACAUAAUACCUUACACAGUAUGGCAAUUCCAAAAUAAUCCACUUUGUUUUCAGAUGUGUAAGAUUUUUCUCAAUAAAAAUUCAACAGAAAUGUGUGAACUUCCUGUUUUGUUUUUCUUUUCUCGCCAUUCAUCAAAUGCAGGAUUGUUUUUGCACGGAAAUUGCACUUUAUAACUGUAAAGAAAUUUGGAGAGGAACUGCAGAUGAUUAGAGCUGCUGCGGCACCAUAUAUUUUAAUAAACAGUAUGUUUUCAUCACUGGUAAACUUUCAUGUCAAAUUAAAAAUGUAACUUGAAAUAAAUGCAAGUUGAACCAACUCAGAGUUACUCA